UAUGGAACCAAAAAAAUAGUAAUUAAAUAUUAUUAAUAACGGACAACCGUCGUUGCUGGUGGAUGAGCGAGAAGCAACAACGGUUCAACAAUGGCAACGUUACAGUGCAACUGCAAUUCUCUUGCUCUCAACAAACCCUGCUACCCCACACGAAGAAGACUCUUAUUACAACCCUUUUCUUCAUCUAACCCCUUGGUUUCAAGAACUUCAAUCUGCACUAGUUACAAGGCCUCAACUUCAAGGUGGGGUAGUGUUGUUUCUGCUGUUGUCUCAGAAGAGAACGCUGUUGGCUCUACUUUCUCUCCAGCUGAUGUCUUCAAACUCACAUAUUUAGAGGGAAACAGUUGGCUCUGGAAUGUGGGUGGGACAAACAUAUUGGUUGAUCCAAUUUUGGUUGGUAACUUGGAUUUUGGAAUUCCUUGGCUAUAUGAUGCUGCUAAGAAAGUGUUAAAGCAAUUCCAGUACAGCUCAGUGAUCUUCCGGAAAUCAGUUGCUUACUCAUUACUCAAAGCCUUGAUGAUCACUGCCACUUGAAGACCUUAAAGCCCUUCUCUCAGAAAUUCCCAAAUAUUAGAGUUAUAGCAACCCCUAAUGCCAAAGGCUUGUUGGAUCCUCUUUUCAGAAAUGUAAGUAUAUUUUCUUUUCUUUUUUCC